CCAAGUCUCUCUAGGCCUCUAGGAAUUUUUUUGAGUGUUGAGUAAAUAAAAAUGGAGAUAACAAACGUGAUGGAAUAUGAGAAGAUCGCAAAGGAGAAAUUACCAAAGAUGGUUUAUGAUUACUAUGCAUCUGGUGCUGAAGAUCAAUGGACUCUUCAAGAGAAUCGAAACGCUUUCUCUAGGAUUCUAUUUAGGCCUCGGAUUCUUAUCGAUGUAAGCAAGAUUGAUGUGAGCACAACGGUUUUAGGGUUUAAUAUUUCUAUGCCAAUUAUGAUUGCUCCUACUGCAAUGCAGAAAAUGGCUCAUCCUGAUGGCGAGCUUGCAACCGCGAGAGCUACUUCUGCUGCUGGAACAAUCAUGACUUUAUCUUCAUGGGCUACUUGUAGUGUUGAGGAAGUUGCUUCAACCGGACCAGGGAUUCGUUUUUUCCAACUUUAUGUUUAUAAGGAUAGAAAUGUGGUUAUACAGCUUGUGAAACGAGCUGAAGAAGCUGGAUUCAAAGCUAUUGCUCUUACUGUAGAUACUCCAAGGCUUGGACGCAGAGAAUCUGACAUCAAAAACAGAUUCGCGCUUCCUCGAGGUCUAACGUUGAAGAACUUCGAAGGGUUGGAUCUUGGGAAAAUAGACAAGACGAAUGACUCAGGGCUAGCUUCAUAUGUUGCUGGUCAAGUUGAUCAAUCACUUAGCUGGAAGGAUAUAAAAUGGCUCCAAUCUAUCACAAGCUUGCCAAUUCUUGUCAAGGGUGUUAUUACAGCUGAGGAUGCAAGAAUUGCUGUUGAAUAUGGAGCUGCAGGGAUAAUAGUCUCUAACCACGGAGCUCGUCAGCUAGAUUAUGUUCCUGCAACUAUAGUGGCCUUAGAAGAGGUGGUUAAAGCCGUGGAGGGUCGGAUUCCGGUUUUUCUUGACGGUGGGGUUCGCCGUGGAACCGAUGUCUUUAAGGCAUUGGCUCUUGGCGCUUCAGGUGUCUUUGUAAGUUCAUUCAUCAUAUACACUUAGCUCUUGUCAUUUCCCCUGUUUUCUCUCACGGUUUUCAAAUCGCUCCUUUCAUUUUCAGUUUCAUUGCAAUAACCUUGAUUAUCUCUUCUUGAUUUUUACAAAUUGUUAACAUUUUGCACCAAACUUCUAAAUUUUCAAAACAAACCCAAAUAUAUCCUCUGUUUUAUUAAGUUGUUUUUAAUUUGUCGAAAUGAAGCCAAACAAUGAAACAAAUGUGUGUCCCGUUGCUGCAUAUGAGUAUUAUCACUGAUCAUAUAAAUAUCCAAAGGACAUGUGAUUAAUUACUUGUUCCGUUAGGUCGGGAGGCCGAGCUUGUUCUCGCUUGCAGCGGAUGGAGAAGCGGGAGUUAGGAAGAUGCUACAAAUGCUAAGAGACGAGUUUGAGCUUACAAUGGCACUAAGUGGUUGCCGUUCACUGAGAGAGAUCAGCCGAACCCACAUCAAGACUGAUUGGGACACUCCUCAUUACCUCUCGGCCAAGCUGUAGGGAAUCUUAUUCACUUCUUCAAUUUAAGAGUCACCACUCAUCAGAGAGAUGAAAAGAUAGAUGGAUGUUUGAAUUUGUGAUCCAAUAAAGUAUUCCCAUCCAACUAUAUAAUCGAAUACUUUCGUUUUGUAGAUGUAGUUAAAUGGUAACAAUAUAUUAAUCUUUUAUAUGUGGGAAUAAUGUGAGAUUUUUACUCAAAACAUUUCUGUUACAAAAAAUAGU